AUUGUUUUGUAAUAGGCGAUUACUAUUUUUCAUUUUAUGAAUUAAAAUUAAUAUUAAUUGGCCAUGUUGAGAUCGAGAAUUUCUUGCACAUUUGCCACUCGGAGAUGGAUGUCAUACUUCUCAACAGAAUUCAACGCGCUGGCGAAUGAGGGACCAGCCAAGUUCCCACACCUCCUACCUCAGGACAGUCAGCAUGCUGCCGCUGCAACAAAUAUAGAUUUGGAUCUGUUUGUAAAUGCGGAUAAUCGGCAACUGGACCUGGUGGACAGGCUGCUCAAGCUUAGAAAACAAAAAGAAUGCAGCCUUGUGCCGCUUUUGCCGGGUCUGCUGGUGAAGCAGUUACUCGACUCGACAAAUCCCCAGGAGGCAAUCACGGUUCUGCGCAGUCCCAGUCAAUAUGGUCUGUUUAUUGACCAGUUCUCCGGCUGUUUCUUAAUGGACGUAUUGUUGCACAGCGGGAACACCCUGGAAGCAGCGCAGAUUGCUGCUCUUCUUGUGGACAGAGGCUUAUGCAACAACGAGCUGGUCGAGGCGUUGGCCCUCCAAUCGUUCUUCAAGUUUGUGAAAGACUUCAAACCUGUGGAAUCGUCGGACAGUAAACCAGCAGCAGCACCUGCCCCUGAAGUGGAGAAAGUUCGUGUUAAGUUUGUUCGCAACAUUGUUGAAGAGACCAGCAAGGAGACGGAAGAAGCAGCUCUUGGCCGCGCUAUGAUUCAAUUGGGCUCUGGCGAAGGCACUCUGAAAGAGCUGAAGCAAAACAUUGCACUUCUUGGCUUUGUAUUGAGCGGGAAAUUACCUGAAGCUGUGAGCCUACUGGCCCAAAACCGUGAGGCUUUCCACAAGGAGACUUUCACCGCAUGCCAAAGUUUGGCUGAAAGUCUGAAGCUGGAGGUGUCGGAAGAGUUUACGCAGUCGUUGCAGCAAACACUCGAUAAGUGCACGCAGAACAGCUCCAUCCACGACAAAUUGGAGAGCAGUGUGAGAAGCAGUGCCCAAAAGUUCGAGCCGAAACUCUUGGCGGAAUAUGGGCAGUCCUAUGAAGCGUGGACCAAGCAGUUUGAGAACGCUGUGAAGCAGUUUAUCGAUGAGCAGAGUCUGGUGGAACGCAAGCAAAGCAUUGAGAAGACGCUGAGCGAACUGGAAGCGAAGCGUCAGAACCUUUGGUUCUUUGAGAACAAGGAUGACAUCGAUAUUCAGAUAUACAAGAAGAAGGUGAAGUAUCCACAGCGUUGGUUUGGCAAGAAAAAGACACCAAAGGCAGCGGACACGUUCUACGUGCCGCCGAGCGUCACCAGAUCCGCCAACUGAGUCGAAGCCACGUCGUAGCCCAAUGCCUGAGGUAAAAACAAAGCAAAUCCAAUUGUUUUUAAGCUUUAAUUAAACUACUGGAGAAUCAAUCCAAA